AUGGGUCAGUAUAAAGUGGAGAGAAUGAAAAAUAUUCUCAGAGCACAUGAGAAUAAAGUGUAUAUAUCAGCAGAGUACACAGGAGACUACUGUAUUAUAAAAGGAUACGUAUUUAAAGUGAGAGUUGAUAGGGAUUUACCCCCGUACAGUGUAUCUCUGUCGCAAGUGCAGAGAGUAUUUAUGGAUAUAAAAGAGAAUGAGUAUGUAGAUGUAAUUAACGGGCCAAGGGGUGUUAUGGGAGAAAUAGAAGAAGUGACCAUUUCUAUAGAAGGAAAGACACGGGGUGUUCACAUACGGAUAAACCACAGAAUAAUUAAUAAUACAUUUUUAAAAAUAUUGAGUGGUGUACCGCUGACAGAGGGACAGGAUUUAGGGCUGCUUAUGGAGAUAGAACCAUCUGCGGAUAUUUCAAAUAAGGAGGUUAUGUUUAUUUGUAAGGUAGAGAAGAUAAAGUUGCCGAAUAAGGAAGUUAUUGGUGUGGUGAACAACAACACAAAGAUAGUAAUUAAGGACCACCAGGGAAUUACCAUUUUAGGGAUGGGGGGUGAGUUGAGUAUGAACACAGAAUUUGAUUUUCUUGAGAUGGAGAUAGGAGGACUAAAAAAAGAAUUUGCAGAGAUGUUUAGGAGAGCAUUCAUUCAGAGGAUGUACAAGCCAGGGUUUAUUAAAGACAUGGGGAUAAGUCAUGUAAAGGGGAUUAUGCUGUACGGUCCGCCAGGGACAGGAAAGACUCUUAUUGCCAGGAGAAUGUCUGCUCUUUUAAACUCUGCCCCACCUAAAAUUGUGAACGGGCCUGAAAUACUGAACAAGUAUGUUGGGCAGAGUGAGGAGAAUAUAAGAAAAUUGUUUGAGGAUGCAGAAAAGGACUAUAAGCAAUACGGCGAUGAGAGUGCACUGCACAUAAUAAUAUUUGACGAGAUUGAUGCGAUUUGUAAGAGCAGAGGGUCUUCUAAUGGCGUUGGUGACCAGGUGGUUAACCAACUUCUUUCAAAAAUAGAUGGUGUGGAGUCAUUGAAUAAUAUUCUUGUGAUUGGGAUGACUAACAGAGUGGAUUUAAUUGAUGAUGCAUUAUUACGACCCGGUCGGUUUGAGAUACACAUUGAAAUAUCCCUGCCAGAUGAAGCAGGAAGACUGGAAAUCUUAAAGAUUCAUACGAGCAAAAUGGAGACAAACUGUUUUAUGAAGAAAGACAUUGACUUAGAGGAAAUCGCCAAAAGAGCCCGUAAUUAUACCGGUGCAGAGAUCACUGCACUUGUUAAGAGUGCUGCUUCAUUUGCCUUGGAAAGAGCCAGGAACACUAAGAAAGAGGUAAUGAUAGAUAUGAAUGAUUUUAAGAAAGCACUUGAUGAAACAGUCCCUGCAUUUGGUGUAAGCACUGCACUGAGACUCCCAGAACCGUUCUACGCGUACCCAUCAGCACAGGAAGUAAUAAAGCACGGUGAAACAAUUGUAAGCAGACUCCGAAAAGACACCGCAAAAAAGUCAAAAACACUUUCUUUGCUUCUUACAGGGCGACCAGGGACAGGGAAGACUGCCCUUGCAGAAAUAAUUGCGAAAAAGUCAGAGAUUCCUUUUAUUCGGGUUAUUUCACCAAAGGACAUUGUAGGCAAGGAGGAGAACGAAAAAGUCAACUAUAUACGAAAUACCUUUAAGGAUGCAUAUAAAAGUGCCGAAUCUUUAGUUAUUCUUGAUGAUAUAGAAGGGUUAAUGGAGUACGUGUCAAUUGGUCCAAGGUUCUUAAACCCAAUUCUACAGGCAAUUAAGCUGUUUGCUAAAAAUCAAGACCGGUUUAAAGUAAUGGUUAUAGGAACAGCCGCAGAUAAGUCUUUAAUGGAAGAAUCAGGAAUAUUCGGAUCAUUUGAUUCACAUCUAGAACUUUCCACACUGACUAAUAAAGAUAUAGACUGGUUCACAGGAAAUACAGCACUAGCACCUGCCACACAAAAGACCAUUAAGGAAAUUAUUCAAUAA